AUGGCUUCAAGAACUUCAAGACUCAAAUUCUUCUCACUACUAAUUUCUUCACUUGCCAUUGUUCAAAUGGCAACGGCAGACCCGGACAUUCUUACCGACUUCAUUGCCCCAAAUAAAACAGUAGACGGAAACUUCUUCACAUUCACGGGAAUGCGUGUUCUUGUUGGUGGAGACGAGCCUAAAAACUUCACAGUAUUGAAGGCAACCUUGGCAGAGUUUCCUGCUCUCAAUGGGCAGAGUGUUUCAUAUGCCGUCCUUGAAUUCCCAGCUGGCACUACUAACCCACCACACACUCAUCCUCGCUCUGCUGAGCUCCUCUUCCUUAUUGACGGUACCCUUGAAGUUGGCUUUGUCGACACAAAGAACAACCUCUUUACUCAUACUCUUCAGACAGGCGACCUGUUUGUGUUUCCCAAGGGCCUUGUUCACUACCAGUACAAUGCCGAUUCACAAAACUCGGCUCUGGCAGUUUCUGCCUUUGGAAGUGCAAGUGCCGGAACUGUGUCAAUACCUACCACUUUGUUCGCCACCAACAUCGAUGACAAUGUCUUGGCUUUGUCCUUCAAGACUGAUGUAGCCACCAUUCAAAAGCUCAAGGCUGGUCUUGCUCCCAAGCUAUGA